AUGAGCUUUGAAAUAACAUUCUUAGGGGCUUCAGGUGGUCCUAUAGAAGGAGUUACAUGUUCAAUGUUAUUAAAACCAAGUAGUGUAUCUUAUAAUGAUAUUUUAUCGAAUAAUUUACCCAAUGAAUUGAUCUGCAUUGAUGCUGGCUCUGGUAUCGGGCUGCUAAGUGAAUUGAUAUAUAAUGAACUGCACGAUAUAUCACCGCUAUCUAGACAACUGCGAAUUUAUAAUAAUAUGCUUUCGUUGGAGCAAUGCUUUAAGACUAAGAUUACCAGGCCGUUUGCAGAGUUGUCUAAUUCAAUAUCUCCCUACGAACAGUCGCAAGAAAUAUUUAAGCUGAUGAACAAUUACUUGAUAUCUCAUGCUCAUAUGGACCAUAUAGCUGGAUUGGUGAUAAAUUCUGCUAGUUUUUGCCAGGAGUCUCCAAAAAAUGUGUAUGGCUCCAAGGGCACUAUUGAUGCUUUGCAAAGGCACAUUUUCAAUGGAUUAGUCUGGCCGAACAUGGCCAAAUUCAACAUGGUUAAACUAUCAUCACAUGAAUACUGGCAGACAUUUUCUAUAAAUGACACUUAUUCAGUAACUAUAUUUGAUCUUUCGCAUGGUAAAAUGCUUUCUAAUGAUGAGAAGACUUCCCAGAGAGCAGAAUCGCCCAACUACUUACAUAACAGUUAUGAUGACAAUUUUGAAAAUUAUCACAACUACAUUUCGUCUGCAUUUUUGGUAACACAUGAAUUGUCUAAUUCAAGUGUGCUAAUAUUUGGAGAUUUCGAAUCUGAUGCUGUUUCGAGGUUGGGUAAAAAUAAACGGAUCUGGUGCAAAAUUGCACCCAUGUUUCUACAACCUGAGAAACAAUUGAAGGGAAUUAUAUUAGAGUGUUCGACAUGCCAAAUAGUUUCUACAAAUGAAUUAUACGGGCAUAUAAUGCCUACACAUUUGAUUAAUGAAUUACGAGCUUUGAAUGAUGAGAUUUUAGCGAUACUACCUUCUUCCAGCAGGCAAAAUGUAACCCCGUUGGCUGGGUUUAAUGUUGUGAUAAAUCAUGUUAAGGAAACACCUAAUCUGUCUGAUCCAAGACGAGAAAUACUCCACGAACUUGAAGUUCUUAAUGAUAAGUAUAAAUUAGGAAUUCAUUUUUCUAUUGCCCUUAACGGAGCAUCGAUUGUACUUUAA